CCCAGAUGGUCCCAUGAUUCCAGGAACUGGGGCUUGGAGGAAAACAAGCCUCUCUCACCCACCCCAGCUUCCCUAGGGUGGCGCCUCAGCGCUUCCCGGCACUGUUCAGUCUGGACUCUUUGGAAAGACAUUUGCUUGGGCAAAAAGCGAGCCUGGGUGGCUGAGCGGAUUGGAAUAACCUAGCGUCCCAGUCCCAGGAGAAGGAGCCCUUCGGGAUCGCCACUUCCUGAGCAUGAUGUCCUACAUGAAGCAGCCUCAUUACGCAGUCAAUGGGUUGACCCUAGCGGGACCGGGCAUGGACCUGCUCCACUCCGCCGUGGGAUACCCAACCACCCCGCGGAAGCAGCGGCGCGAGCGGACGACUUUCACGCGGGCCCAGCUGGACAUUCUGGAGGCUCUUUUCGCCAAGACCCGCUACCCCGACAUCUUCAUGCGGGAGGAGGUAGCGCUCAAGAUCAACCUGCCGGAGUCCCGGGUGCAGGUUUGGUUCAAGAACCGCCGGGCCAAGUGCCGGCAGCAGCAGCAGCAGAGCAGCGGCCAGGCCAAGGCGCGGCCGGCCAAGAAGAAGAACUCGCCGGCCCGGGAGACCAGCUCGGAAACCAGCACCAACGGGCAGUACAGCCCCCCGCCCGCCGGCACCUCAGGCACCCCCAGCUCCACGGCCAGCGCCACCGUCUCCAUCUGGAGCCCGGCCUCCAUCUCCCCCAUCCCCGACCCCCUGGCCUCCUCGGCCACCCCCUGCAUGCAGCGCUCCGCCGCCUACCCCAUGACCUACACUCAGGCCGCCGGCUACCCCCAGAGCUACGCCGGCUCGUCCUCCUACUUCACCGGCCUGGACUGCGGCUCCUACCUCUCGCCCAUGCACCCGCAGCUCUCCGCCCCCGGCGCCGCCCUGAGCCCCAUCGCCGCCCCGGCCAUGGGCAGCCACCUCAGCCAGUCCCCGGCCUCCCUCUCCAGCCAGGGCUUCAGCACGGCCGGCCUGAGCUUCGGCUCGGUGGAUUGCUUGGACUACAAGGAUCAGACGGCCUCUUGGAAACUCAACUUCAACGCCACGGACUGCUUGGAUUACAAAGAUCAGAGCUCCUGGAAGUUCCAGGUCUUGUGAAGUGGCGGGAGGCAGCCAGGGAGACGCCCCCUGUCCGUUGUUUCCCCCCCACCCCCCGAAGGCCCGUCCCUCCCCUCCCCGCUGCCACCUCCUCCAACCACCUUGGCUCUGACCUGUGUCCAGAGUGGAGCUGGACUGAGAUUGCACCCAGCGUCGGGGAUUCCCCCUUUCCCGGGACCACGGCAGGGAUUUGCCCUUCCUUGGUGAGCAGCCGGAAACUUGCCCUGGUUGGUCGUUCGUGGCUGAGAACCUCACCCCACAUGGCCACAGGGGCCCCUCGCGCCGGGCAGCACCGCGGGGGUUUCUUCCCGCCCGAGCCCCGGACACGAAAUCUGUCGCGGCGUCUCAGCCGGGAGCCCGCCCGGCUGAUUUCCUGGGGGCGGGGGCUGGCGGGGGUGGCAGCCUCCCCUGUCUGUACCACGCACCCCCGGUGGCACCCGGAGCUGCAGGGGUGGAGGUGGGAAGUGCCACGGCUGGUUUUGGGUGGGAAGUAGCCCCCCCCCCGCCCCUUGCACAUGUGGGGGAGGGGGGGCUCCAGGGUCUGUCUUUCACGGUUUCUCUCUAGCCCUGGCCUGAUCCUUCAAGGAGUGGGGGGUCUGAGCGAAGAAUGAACUAGGGAAUGAAAUUGGGCCUGGGGUGGAGAAGCUCGGUCGAGGGAUGUGCUGCCAGGACUCCUGGGUUCUAUUUCCGGUGCUGGGAGGGGAGCGACGUUUAGAGGAGUGGGCCCUGGGAGUCAGUUCCCCUCGGCUUUAUUUCCAGCCCUGCCAAUGACUGGGUGUCAGAUGUUCCACCCCGUGCAGGGGCCGGGGAUCUGUGGCUGGACGGCUCUGUGCUUGGCGGAGGGCGUGUGCCGAGGUCACCGCCCAGCGAGGCUAAGGCAGCAUCGGGUUUCAGUCGGCUCCAGGUUCAGCCGCCCACAGGCCAGUCGUCCGAAACGGAGGUCCCGUCUCUGGCUGGCGACCUCGCCAGCCUCGUCCUGCCAGGGAGGGGCUCGGCCCUGCUUUCCCCGCGCUGCCCGGCUGGGACGCCAGCCGCUGAGCUCUGCCCCACAGGUGGCAAGCGGGGCAGGAGACCGGGUCGCACUCGGCGAGUUGGCGGGGAGAGAUCUAUGCUGGGAGGCCGGCGUCACAAGCCGGGAUCAAGGCCUGCCUGGCUGUUUGCGGGGGGGGGGCUUUUUAUUCUAGCCUCCAUUUCCCCUCCCCCCUGGAUAUUUUGGGUGCAAAACCCCUUUUUUUUGGGGGGGGGUUAACUUGAAAGUGACGACAAAUGUUCCACCCCCCAAAUCCAUUGGAACACGUUGAUUUCAAAUGCUCUGGCCUCGCUGCCGCCCGUCGCAAGCGACCAGGCCUUUGGGCUCUUUGCGGGGCUGGAAAUUCUCUCUCCCAUGGGAGUUAGGCACCGAAAUACCUUGGAGGGUCUGGGGCAAAGCACAACUUCCCACCCGAGGCCCCGAUCCUGGUAGCCCCUGGCACGUGCCCCGGGGCCGUCGAGCUGGGUUCGGACCCUGCUGCUCUCGGGCCCUGGUGGCAGAACUCCCCGGGGGUGGGACAGGAUCGGGUCCGCCCUGGCUCGGGCGGGGGGGAGAGCUGAGGUGGGGACUAGCCAGGAGGUGGGGGAGCUCGGCCUGGAUCCCUGCUCUCGGACGCCCAGACGCUUUCCCCGAAUCAGCCGCGUUGUGGGGCAGGGGUCGGAGCCCAGCUGCGCGGACCUGACCCCGCUGCAUUCACAUGGCGCUUCCCCUCCCCCCUCGUUGGGGGAGGGGGAGAAUGGGGGACGCUUUGCAGCCCGGUUUCCGCGUUGCCUUGCACACGCAUUUACACUAGUGCAGAAGAAGCGUGAAACCGGAUCUGUCCACACCUGUUCCGCACUAGUGGGUGCAAGACAAUGGAGAACCCAGCUCUUUCUUUUCUAAUCAGACCACCUGGACAGCUCCCCUCCCCAAAGCUGGCUGCAGAGACGCUCCCCAGAGAUGUAGCGGAUUCGGAUUCAGGUCCGUCUCUGCCUGAGGCUGACCCGCUGCGAUCCGCCUGGGCCCGGCUCCCAGAGCUCUGACCUGGAGUGGCCGUUUGCUCUGGGGACCUCGCCACGCACGUCUCCUUGCCAGGGGCCACCUCGCAGCUCCUUGUGGGGCCCGAACAUCUCCGGUGGCCUCGUGCAAUCACGUUCCCCCGUGCAAAACCCUCUGGCUCUGGUAGCACUUUGCCGCGGGGAAUCUGGUGACAGAAGAUCUGGGGCGCUGUGGAAUUAACCGGCCGCAUUUAGAAUGUUUGCGUGUAAAUAAAACCCGACACCUUGUGAGGUUCGUUUAGGGCGGUCCUGUGGGUCUUUGUUCCGUUUCCACCGUCACCAACAAAGGCCGUUUUUCUUUAGUUCUCGGCUGGACACCUCAGUGGGUUUCAGUCCUGCCGCUCUCCCUUUGCACCCAAUGACGUAGCUGCUGCGUGGCCACAUCCCUUGGUGUUAGGAGCUCACGUCUCCGCAGCCUCCGACGAGCUGGUUUUAUCUUCAGGCCUCUGUCGGUGGAAAUGUUUCAGGUUUUGCUGUUUCCUAGCCAUAGGCUUGCGCCACUCGGGUCCGGUUUUUAAAGAAACGGGGGCAAAAAAAAUUUAAAAAACGACAAUCAGAGACAAUAAAUAUCUGUAAAGAAUUUGAUUGUUUUUUGUGUGCACUAAAGUACUGGCUUAAAACCAAGACGUCUGUUUUGUAAGUUGAUGUAGAGGGAGGGUUUAGACUAGUUUUGUUAGGUGUCAAACUCCAGUGUCUGUAGGAGAAACAGAAUUUCAAUGCAAACUAUUUUUGAUGACUUGAUAUUUAUUGUUUUAGCGAGAGGCAUUUCCUGUACCAGCCCCCAGGUUUUGGUGGUUUAAAAAGAUUUGAAAAAAUAAAAAAUAAAAAUAAAAAA